AUGCCUAAAAGGAGAAACGUCACGUCUAGUGAGCAGAAAAUACCUGCAAAAGAUGACGGUUCAGUUCCCGAGAGGCCUCUGAAACUUCGAAAACAGAAUAGGCCUUUAGAAGAUAAAGAGAUAUGUGAAAAUCUUACAAACGAGAGUGACGACAACUGUAGUGAUUUUGACGACGAUUUUAUUUUAGAGAGCGAUCACAACACGGAAUCUGAACAAUCCGAUGAGGAUGAUGUUGACGUCACGUAUCCCCAUGUUGAGGAAGUUUACCACGGAGAAAUCAACCAUAAUCACGACAAUGAAGAACAGGAAAGAGAAGUACGAGCUCAUGGAAGCCAGGACAUUACAGAACAGAUCGGAAAAGAGACAAUAGUCGGAGAGAAAGAGCAUGGCGCAGCAGAGACUAGAAUUGAAAAGAUCGGAGAGGAGCAGUAUAGCGAAGUAGAGACGCGAAAUGACCAGGGUAGUGAAGAUCUUAGAAUAGACCAGGAGCCAAAUGAAGAAUCAACAGGAGAGCUGCCGCGCUAUUUUUACGGGAAGAAUAGGUACAAAUGGGCAUCGGCGGAACCAUCCCGAACAAGUCGAGUACGCGUGCACAAUAUUGUCAAUGCACCAUCUCAAAGAAAAAGAAGACUGAAGUAA